AUGAACAAAACAUCAGAACGCCCACCCGUGGCAUUGGAGCAAGCAUUCGAAGUCCUGCGCUUCCUCCCUCGACCAGGGAAUCCGGCUGCAAGUGAAAUAUUCCGGGAUAUCACACAGUCUACAGGGCUUCCAGGUGCACAGUCUUGUAAUUAUGACGAAAUUGCGUUUUCAGAGCAUUGGGAGUACUCAGCUGCUUCUGAUGCGGCGUUUGAUUUGAAGGGUGACCUUGACUUUGCGUUUAACCUCUCUGGUGAAGUGAAGGGGGUUGAUUUACUCUAG